AUGGCAAUGAGACUUUUAUUACUGUCUAUUGAACUUGACCGAUUUGCACUUUAUUUGGAUUCUGAUAUAAUCCCAUGGCAUAGUGACAAGCCAUGGGAGGAUUUGCUUCCUUCUGAGUGGGUCCAGGUUUUUAGAUAUGGCACUAAAGAAGGCAAACCUUCUGAUAGAAUUGUCAAACAACACACUUAUAUUCUGGAACCAAUUACAGGAAAUGAAAAGUAUACAAAGUUAAGGGCAAAUGAAUUGGCUAAGAGUGAUCAACCUUUGCAGAAUGCAACAGUGAAUUUGGAUGAUGUCAUUCUCUGUUUAUCAAAGGAUGGAUACAAGGAUAUGUUAAAACUAGCUGAUCACUUUUCUGCCAUUAAUCAACGCUUAAAAUAUGCGCAUUUUUGUCCACAUGUUUCCAUGAAAUCUGAUCCUCGUUCUUGGUGGAAGUAUGCUUAUAGAGCAGUAUCUAACCAAGUGAAGAAGGGAAGAUUCAUAGUGGGAUUAGAUGACUUGACUUUUGUUUGUGAUAAGAGUAAUAUAUUAAGAACCUCAGUUUCUCAUGCCAGUGCGUCAACUAAAUGUCUAAACGUAAAAGAUAAUAAGCUAUUUGUAUUUUCAUUCAUAUGA